CCAUUUCCUCGGGGAAAAAAAAGAGUUCAGCAUUCACAUUCGCCGUUCUAAAGAGUCGAUUUUUCUGAGCCGCUGUCCUCCGAGAAGCGAGGCGCCGCCGGCUGCAUCUCCGUCGCCCGCCGCCGCCUAAACCAAGAUCCACCAGACCUUACCUGUCCCCUGCCUAGGCUCUCCCGCUUCCGAUCCAUGGAGGAGGCGGAUAAAGGGGAGGUCUUCGAGAGGAACAACAAGUCGAGGCUGGACAGCCAUCCGGGGACGCCGGCGGGGACGGCCACGGCCUGCCGGCUCACCGACGACCUCAUCCUGGAGAUCCUCUCCCGCAUCCCGGCCAGAUCCCUCCACCGCUUCAAGUGCGUCUCCGUGCGCUGGCGCGACCUCAUUGCCGACCCCGCCAACCGCAAGAAGCUGCCCCAGACCCUCGCCGGCUUCCUCUACACGACCACCGCCGGCCGGAAUCGCCACCACUUCGCCAGCGUCUCCUGCGGCGCAGUCCCGUUCGACCCUUCCCUCCCUUACCUGCAGCCUAGCAAGUACAAGGACAUGGCUCAGGUGGACGCCUGCAAUGGCCUCCUUCUCUACCUAAGCUCCAGCAAGAGCAUGGUGAACCCUUGGGCUUUGGCAGAGGACGAUUUCCGUUUUGUUGUGUGCAAUCCGGCCACUGGGAGGUGGGUGGAGCUGCCCCCUCAACCGCAGGCGCCGGCAGACAGAUUUAGAUAUAACUGUAUGGCAGGCCUGGCUUUUGAUCCGGCAGUCUCGUCCCAUUUCCACGUUUUUUGUUUUGAGGAGACCACAGUGGAAACGUACAUGACAGGAGUGAACAUCUACUCGUCGCGAACAGGAGCCUGGAGUCGCAGAGAUGGUGGGAUUGUUGAGAAAGUGGCGCUGUUCUUCUAUAGUAAGGGUGUCUUUGUCGGCGGUAUGAUGUACGUGAUUGGCAACCCGAAGGGCAUCAGCAACGAGCAUGUGCUCCUGGGGAUUGACAUGCAAGGUAAAGUGCGGAGGACUAUCCCUAUGCCGUACGGUCGAAGAUUUGGUACGAUUGGAUCGUCGCAGGGGUGCUUGCUCUAUGCCGCAUCUUCCGUCGAUGAUUACAAUAAAAUCCUAGUUUCUGAGAUAGAACUCUGGUGCCUCAAGGAUUGUGACAGUAAAGAAAUGGUUCUGAAGCAUACUGCCAGCAUCGAUGAGCUUAUGAGCAUGACUGGGGAGAAGUACAGGGUGGUUGGGAUUCAUCCAGAUUGCGACACCAUUUUCCUGGUUUCACAUGGAGGUGGUACCUUGGUAGCGUACGAUAUGCAACAUCAGAAAGUUGGUUGUAUCCUUAAUCUUGAGAAGAACACACAACGAUUUCUACCUUAUGUUCCUCUGUUCUCGGAGUCAUUAGCAGAUGGAGAUGGGUGGUAGUGUUGCCUUCAAACCAUGCUUGUGCUUCCUCCAAGAAUUGGCUCUUCUGCCGGCUGAAGUACUUGUUUGUGUACCUCUGAAUCCGCUUGAAUCAUGCCGCUCAAUUUGCUGGUGCUUACACUCCUGCUUGGUUGAUUUUCAGUUCAGAGCAAUGCCUGGUAAACCUAGCACAGGUUGUUACCCCUGUUCUUGUUUACCUAGCACAGAUAGCAUCGGUGAAUUAAUUAACCAAGAACAGAAGGUGUCUUUCCGGAGACCUUCCCUACAUCAAAUGGCAGCAAAGAUUCAACAAGAGUGGUAGCUACAGAAUGGAAGCUGGGAAAACUGCUCGUUAUAUAUAUGUCAACUUUUUGCACGCGGCAACAAAAAAGGCAGAUGGGCACCUCUUUUCAGGUGCCUGGGAAGAACAUGGCACACUCCAGGUUCUGAUUAUCUCGAUCAUGACCGGAGGUUCAGGAAGGAAUGCUAAGAUUCAGGCUGUGUCUGGUCUGGUAUGUAGUACUCCCUCCGUCCCAAAAUAAGUCUCUUUCAUUUAGUACUAAAUCAAAGACACUUAUUUUGGAAUGGAGGGAGUAUCUUGCUUGCUUACUUAACCUCAUUAUAAACCCGUAGGUAUUAAAAUUUGUAGGUUAGGUAGUUAACAUUUUAAGCCUGUGUACAUAAACUGGGAUGGACGGGAAGUGAUACAACUCUUCAAGCCCGAAAA